CACUGACAUUGACGAAAUUUCCUGGUGUGGAGCUUGAUAACUCACUGGAAAUCAACAAGAGGGUCUGGUGGACGAGCUUUCCACGGAGGGCAAAUCUUCAUCUUUGUAGUACCCUACGAAAUUAGUCCAUACUGUGAAAUCAAGCGUCGCUUAUGAUUACCAAAUGGUCUGCGCGUUAUGGAGCUUAAUGUUCGCUUUUGGAUGUGAAGAAGACGGAUCUUCGGAGGAUUUUAGUGGAAGCUGUCAGCAGGUGGAAGUAGGAGGCGAAUCGCGGGCACAAAGCAACCUCAGUGUUAAUGAAACUUUGCUACGAUUUACGCGCAGGGAAUGCUGUUCAUCAUGUUAAGAUAAAACAGUGGAGCCCUGUGUUGAACAUGCUCAAGCGUUUGGACAAAAUCAGGUUCAGAGGUCAGAAGCGAGAUGAGUUCCUGGAUCUGGCCGAGUCCCCCAACGCGUCCGACAACGAAUGUAGCGAGGAGGUCCUGCUGAAGCCUCGUCCGUCGCUCCGGGACACGGACGAACUGAGAGACCCUGCUGGUCCAGGCGCUCUCAGCAUGGCUGCCAUCCAGGACUUCCAAAGGAGUGAGACGGACAGGCUGAACGAGGUCAAAGGUCAUCUGGAAAUUGCCUUACUGGAGAAACAUUUCUUGCAAGAAGAGUUAAGAAAACUCAGAGAAGAAACAAAUCUUGAAACACUGAAACAGGAACUGGACAGAGAGCGGGCGAAAAGGCAGGACCUGGAACAGAAGAUGAACGAGGUGCUCAAGACGAGGUUGGAGGACUCGCCACCCCAGCCUCCCCCGAAACAACAGUCGCCUACUGUGAACGGCGCGGAGAAAAGACAGGAGACUCUGUGCUCCCGGAUGCAGAAAUGGCUUUACGACAAGUUUGGCGUCUACAUCGAGGACUUCCGCUUUCAACCGGAGGAGAACACGGUGGAGACGGAGGAGCCUCUAAGUGCGAAAAGGUUAACAGAGAACAUGAGACGACUCAAACGAGGUGCCAAACCCGUCACAAACUUCUUACGGAACCUCUCUGCCUUAUCGAACUGGCACUCGGUGUACACGUCAGCGAUCGCCUUCAUCAUCUACAUGAACGCAGCAUGGCAUGGCUGGGCCUUCCCCCUCUUCCUGUUCUUAGCCAUCCUGAGGUUGUCCUUGAAUUACCUCAUCGCUAGGGGCUGGAGGAUACAGUGGAGCAUUGUGCCUGAAGUUUCUGAGCCUGUGGAACCACCAAAAGAAGACCUGACAGUAUCAGAAAAAUUCCAGUUAGUCCUUGAUGUUGCACAGAAAGCCCAGAACCUGUUUGGGAAGAUGGCAGAUGUCUUGGAGAAAAUAAAGAACCUCUUCAUGUGGGUGCAGCCUGAGAUCACUCAGAAGCUCUACAUUGCUCUGUGGGUGGCCUUCAUCUCCUCCUGCGUCCUGCCCUACAAACUGGUGGGCUUCAUGAUCGGGCUAUACGCCGGCAUCAAGUUCUUCAUUAUCGACUUCCUAUUCAAGAGCUGCCCCAAACUCCGGGACAAGUACGACACGCCCCACAUCGUGUGGACUAACCUGCCCACCGACCCGCAGCUGAAAGAGCGCUCCAACGCCACCAUGUCCAGAAGGCUCUCUGGCUAUGAGAAGAUACCGCCUGUGGUGUCUCGCGGUAGCCUAGCAACCAGCGUCCCGUGCGGCCUCAGUCGUGAGGAGGAGAGUGGCAGGUCUCACAGCACCAAGAAGGGCGCCUUCCACGAAGUCUUCAACCUGUCCGAGAACGAGCGCCCCCUGCCAGUGUGUGAGAAUGGAUGGAGAUGCUGCUUGAUUAACAGAGACCGGAAGAUGCCCACCGAUUACAUCCGCAACGGCAUACUUUACGUCACCGAGAAUUACCUGUGCUUCGAGAGCUCCAGCUCCAGGUCCAGCUCCUCCAAAAAGAACAAAGUCAUCAAACUUGUUGACAUCACUGACAUUCAGAAGUACAAAGUCCUAUCCGUAUUACCAGGGUCUGGGAUGGGGAUCUCCAUAGCAACACCCUCCACACAGAAGCCCUUGGUGUUCGGGGCCAUGAUCCACAGGGAUGAGGCGUUUGAAGCCAUCUUCACUCAGUACAUGAAGAUGAUGACCACCAGCAACCCAGAGACCUAGCAGCGGGGGGCAUUCUCCCUGCCCCCCGUCAUCGCCCGCCUUCUCCGGUGAUGCGACAGGAGAUGGAUAUCCCAGCAUCCCAGUGUGGGUGUGAGGGUGGGGGGUGGCUACAUUCCUCUCUCCCCCACUGUAGCUGGAAGGGGAUCUGUAGGACAUGCUUCCUUUCAAUGUGUGUGUCUGCAAUCAUGUGUGCAUGCUUGUUUGUUUGUGUGUAUACCUGUGUACGUAUGUGUGUGUGUGUGUGUGUGUGUAUGUAUGUACGUGCGUGCACGUGCCUCUCCACAUCCUAAUUUUCUAAGGUUAGUCAUUGGGGUGUACUCCAGUGUUUGUGUUUUUGUGUGUGUCUGUAUGUAUGCGUGCAUGAGCCAUUCAUUUCACCGCUGACGUUUCAUCGUGGGGGGAGGGGGCUGGGUCUCCUUGCCUGCCGGACAGUCCGUUAUUAGACCUCACAGAGAGGGUCUGACUGUCAAAUAGUCUGUUAUUUCACCUCACAGAGAGGGGCUGACUGUCGGAUAGUCCGUUAUUUCACCUCACAGAGAGAGGGGCUGACUGCUCUCUCUGUUAUUUUAAUUCAAUGUCAUUAUCACUGAAGGCCUUGCAUUGGGGGGGGGGGGUGAGUGUUGCACUAUGGUGUUCUAGAAAAGUCUGUGAACUGCCCAGCUGACGGCAGCAAAACAAACUGAAGCCUUUUUAAAAAAAUGUUGUUUUUGUUUACAUAAUCACAACAUGAUGUGUUGAACUGACUGCACACUUUGUUCAGAAACUAAACUUUAGGGGUCUUUGGCAGGUCAAUAUUAAUGGCAACAUCUCUAGAUUUAUUUUAGGGUUCCCAUUUAGGCCGUAAAAUAUUUAAACAACGGCUUUUUGACCAUGGGAAAAAUAUGACAAUGCCCUUCGAUGCUUUUAUCCAAGAUCCAGUUUGAGUAAGAUUAAUACCGGGGAUAAAAACUGACAUUUAUACAGAGAGCUUGUUCUUACCAGAACACAAAAAUGUAAUAUUUAAAACCGAUUUACAAUCUGUAUUGAAGCAGAGCUCCCAAAAUGAGUGAUAUCAGUAUUUCAAAACGCUUUAGCAACACGUAGAGACCGCAGCCUGCAGUGCUUAAACCUGCACACACUAACUUUUUUUAGUAGUAUUGACCCUUUCAGCAGCGGAAAAUUCCACUCCUGUCUCCCAUAGGAGGACAACUAGUGGAACACCGUGGGUGGCCUUCAACUGGUUACUAGGCAACCAAGCAUUUGAAAAUCUAAUCUGAGAUAGAAGUUCUCUUGGGCAAAUCACCUGAUCAAAACUACAAUGGCCAGGGUUACAAGUUUGCCUAAAGGAACAAAACGGUUGAAGUCCCCACCCUGCCACCCUGUGGUUAGAUAUGGAGGUCGCGUUUGCGUUUGCGUUUUGUGCCUCUUGCGAUUUGCUGCUGGGUCACUAUUCAUUCAGUCGGAGCUUUAUGCUGUUAUUGGGCAACAAAAUCCGAUAACAAAAUAGUAAAACAAUUACGUAUGAUACCACCUACAGUAAACCACUUUUUACAGUUUUCUCUUCAGUCUAGAACUGAAUUUAUCGACUCUCUUGUCUCUGUAUUGCAGGUAAUAAUGACAACUUGAGCUACCCCUUUUAUUAUGGUAAUUGCCAUUCUGAGCAAAAGCUGGACUUUUUGAUUUCAGGAAGGUUUCAUAUUUAAAGAUUCAAUGCCAAACCACAUUCUUUCUCCCUGUGUUCCACAGUUUAGCCUACUGGGCAGGUAAUGUUUUAAAUCAUCUCCCGUGUUGCCAUGGUCACCGGGUAGAUUGGGUAUAUUGGGUGUCUGUGGGUGGCGUUGUGCGAUUGGCUGCUGUGGUGUCACAUGGGGGAAGUCGUUCUUGCUGUGUCACUUCAGGUGCCCACUGUGUUUUGAAUGUACUGUGGCUGAUGUGGGGACUGCAGUCCUGUUACACAGGACCUCAGCCCAGCAGAGACGAGCCGACUACUGUGAUGUCAGACUGCUGACGUCACCGUCUGAGGUGUGAUCGUCCAAUGACGGUCAGCCGUGUGCCACCCUUCACGUUGUAGGGGUCACAAUGCAAAAAAAAGUCUGUUUUUCCAGGUGUUUUCGUCUUGUAAUGACACUUAAAAACUUGACUUAAAAAGCUAGUUUUGAGUUUUUCACACCAUUGGCAAAUCUUGAAAUGGGUCAAACGGUCUCACCUAAUUGGCAACGCUUUUGUCUUAUUUAGCAAAAAAAGUCAUAUAAAUAAGAUUUUAAGCAUAAAUAUAAGACUAAAAUGCUUUUUUUAGUAUUUACAGUAUGUAUUUGGGCUCUCUCUCCUGUCAGCUCACAGAAGCUUGUCUGUUUUAUGUUUUUUCUUUUUUUUCUUUCUUAGAAAUAGGUAGACAUUUAAAUUUGAUUAUGAAAAUGUAUGUAAAGCAGACACACAUACUGUGGAACUAGUAAAACAGGACUCGACAAGAAACCUUUUACCCGAAGCCUUUUUUUAGUCGAUUCCACUCACUGAAAGUGCGUCAGGGGUCUUUGAGCACGGUGUAGAAGUCGAUACGAAUGAAGCACAGAAUGUAUUGUGUAAGUUAUAGUUUUGCCAAACGUUUGGUCCUUAUUCUGCAGCCGGGUGUGUUUUCCAUGGCUGUAAUGUUUACAGUAGUUUGGAUUGAGCUCCAGUGAUGGAGGGAGGCCAGUUGGACCCCCAGCAUGGCGGGGGAGGGGGAUAUGAAGACUGGAUUGUCUUUUUUUGUUUCGAAAAAUGUCUGCGUGACGUAUGAUCUGAAUGGUCACAUGACAGUCUCCACACACCUCUUUCUGACAGCGCAUAAGUAGCACUAAGUCUCUGACCUAGGGUACUUAAAUUUUCAUAUUUUUUUAUUGAUUUGGCUUAUUUCUUUCUAUGAAUUAUGCUCUAAGUGCACCGUGAGCCUUUUUUGUUAUCUCACCUACCUGGCUAUGAUUGGCUAAUUUGUUCGGCUGGAGCUCGAUUUUUCUUUUUUUUCUUUAUUUAUUUUUUAUCAGAUCUCUGUUAAAAAGUCUUCCAGAAAUUAUCCCUGGGUUAGUCUUUGGUUGGGUAUGCCAAGCUGUUAGUCAGGUUGGCAUGUCAAACCAAAUGUUAACCGCAGGUGUCGAUAGGCUUUUCCCCAUAAACCACAGAGGAGUGUUACUGCUGUAUGUAUGAUGGGCAGAGAACACCCCUCUAUCCUCCGUCUGUAAGCUGGGUAAACUGGACAGUGGAAAACCACAGUGACAUAUGGAUUGGACGAAACCGGUGUCUAGACCAAUGAAAAUAGCCCUGAGCCAUUUCCCAGAAUUCUCCAGUCCACUUUUGGGUCCAGAUCCAAUUUAACACAACAGAAGCUGUUUUUUCCAGGCUGGUCUAACACACACAAACAGGGCUGUCGAUGAAAGAGUAAAGAUUGUCAUUGCCAUUCGGAGAUGUUCACUAAGUAUGGCUGUAUAUUUGUGUGGUUCUUGCUGUUAACAAAAGUAUUAAUAUUGAUUGUGUGUAAAUGUUUGCUAACUAUUUUCAUAAUAUUCCCCGUUAGUGUGUCACCACAGAUCACUGGUCAUCCGAAAGCAGCGUGAAAACGUAUUUCUAACGCGUGUCACUGGUGUCCUAUGGCAGACGAUUAGAAAAAAGGAAUUUAUAUAUGUAAAAAGAAAGAGAAAUCCCUGUAAAGUUUUUAAGAGAAUGAAGUCUAUUGUAAAAAAAAAAAACAAGAAAAAAACGUGAUGUAAAUUUUUUUAAUUUAAGUAAAUGAAUUUAAAGUA